CACCAAAGCUCCCGCCCGCCCGCCUCUCCUCUCCUCGCCGCUAGUCUCUAUUUAGGACCACCCGCGAUCGCCAAUUCCCUUUGCCUCUUGUGUGCUGCCGCUGCAGUUGCGUGACACGCUCGCCUAACCUCCGCACCCCGUCGGGCCUCUUUCCCAUCCGUCCUCCGCUGCCGUGGCUGUACCGCACUGCCGCGCUCGCCGUUCCCACACACCCUCACUAGCCACUCCCAUUAUUCCCACCUGUCCCAGUUGAUCUUCCGAUCGCCUGCCCGUUCACCUUCUCUCUGCGAGCAGCCCAGGCCGGAGGCAUGUCGGCCAAGAAGAUCGUGGUGAAGCUGGAGCUGCAUGACAACAAGGACAAGCAGAAGGCCAUGAAGGCCGUCUCCGUGCUCGUCGGCAUCGACGCCAUAUCCAUGGACCUGGCGUCGCGCAAGAUGACGGUGAUCGGCACGGUGGACCCGGUGGACGUGGUGAGCAAGCUGCGCAAGGGUUGGGCGGCCUACAUCGAGUCCGUCGGCCCGGCCAAGGAGCCCGAGAAGAAGGAGGAGAAGAAGGAGGAGGCCAAGAAGGAGGGCGGCGACGCCAAGAAGGAAGGCGGCGACGGCGGCGACGGCAAGAAGGACGGCGAUGGGAAGAAGGACGGCGACGGGAAGAAGGACGGCGAGAAGAAGGAGGAGGGCGACGGCAAGAAGGACGGCGACGGGAAGAAGGACGGCGACAAGAAAGAGGAGGGCGACGGCAAGAAGGACGACCAGAAGAAGCCCGCCGCCGUGGCCCCGCUGCCGUUCCCGCACCACAUGCCGCUGCCGCACCACAUGCCGCCGCCCUACAUGUUCAACGCCGACUACAUGAUGAACCAGUACCGGCCGGCGCCGCCGGCCUACCCGCCGCCGUACGUGCCGCCGCAGCACUACUACGUGCGGAACAUGAGCAUGGAGGAGAACCCAAACUCGUGCGUCAUCUGCUAAGUCAAAGUCGAUCCCUCGAUCGCUCGCGUACGUACGUUCCGUGGGGCGACCAUGCAUGCAUCUGUGUAUAGUAGUAUUUUCUCGAUCGUUUUUACGAGACCAGCAAAGUUUGCAAGAUGAAACUGUACAACUAGUAGUAGUCUACUAUAGCACUACGUACGUACAUACGUACAUUUGUAAUGUGGAAAUUGCGAUGCUACGUACUGCCGGCCUGCCCUAGUACAUGUACAUACCACAGCUACAUCAUCUUUCCUUUCAACAA